GGGUGGGAUAGGGGAAGGGGAUAAAUAUUCAGUUUGGAGGACGGAGUUAAUUAACUACUACUUGGGAAUGCCUUUCUACUUUUUAUUAGGGCGGUCAAUAUUUCAAGGAAAACCGCACUUUAUCCCGUUUUUUGAGUUAUUACCCCAAUUCCUAAUGUUAUCCCGAAUAUGGGACUCUCAUAGCUAGGUAGGUAGUCAAACAAGACUCGCCGCGGUUGACUCGAAGUCGAGUUUAAGUGCUACAGCCCGAUAAAAAUUCCUCCACAAUUUUUGCCCGCUCCACCUCAACCCGCAUUUCACAUCUCAUGCCUUUUACCUCUCACACAUAAUUCACCAGAGUCACAUAGCAACCUCCCACCAACAAUAAUAUUCGGCAAGAAGUCACUCCAAGAUGGCCACAGCCGACAUCGACGUCGACACCGUCGACACAGACCUCUUCCAAGACCCAGAAGAUUACUACCCCCCGACCCCGCCUCCCACAACCCAAACCUACACCACCAUGAACGGCGACAUCAUCACUCUGCACCUAGUAGGCCACUCCCCCACCGAAGCACACCACCUCUGGAACGGCUCGCGCGUCAUGGCCGCCCACUUCGAGUCCCACCCGGAACUAGUCCGCGGGCGCACCGUGCUCGAACUCGGCGCCGGCGCAGGCCUGCCGUCCAUCGUGGCGGCGGCGGUGGGCGCGCGGCGGGUGGUGGUGACGGAUUUCCCGGACCCGGAUCUGCUGGAGACGAUGUGGCGGAAUGUGAGGGGGUGUGGGCUCAUUCCGGGUGUGAGCGAAGAGGAGCAGGAGUUGCCGAUUGUUGUGGAGGGGUUGGUUUGGGGGGCGGAUCCGGGGAAGGUGUUGGGGUAUUUGGAGGGGGGUGGUGGUGAUGGGGAUGGGGAUGGGGAGAAGGGGGAGAAGGGGGAGAAGGGGGAGAAGGGGGAGAAGGGGGAGAAGGGGGAGAAGGGGUUUGAUGUGUUGAUUUUGGCGGAUUUGUUGUUCCGGCAUUCGGAGCACGGGAAUAUGCUGCGCACGGUGCGGCAGACGCUCAAGAAGAGUAGGGAGAGCAAGGCGUUUGUGGUGUUUACCAGUUACAGGCCGUGGCUGCAGCACAAGGACCUGGCGUUCUUUGACGUGGCGCGGGAAGAGGGGUUUGUGGUGGAGAAGGUGCUCGAGAAGAAGAUGGAUCGGCCGCUGUUUGAGAAGGACCCGGGGGAUGAGGAGGUGCUCAAGACGGUGACGGGGUGGGAGCUGCGAUGGCCGGAGGAGGCUCUGAAGGGAGGGGGCAGGUGAUGAGCACAGGGGCGAUGGUGAUCCAGG